ACCAAGUUAAUACCUGUUUUGAAUGUUCUCCUUGUUCACAGGACGAGUUCCAUCCGUUCAUAGAGGCCCUGAUGCCAUUUGUAAAGUCCUUUUCGUAUACUUGGUUCAAUUUACAAGCGGCCAAACGGAAAUAUUACAAGAAACACGAAAAACGGAUGAGUCUCGAGGAGGAACGCCACACUAAAUAUGAACUCCAGAAUGAAAAAGCAGAGGUAAAACAAAAAUGGGCAUCGCGGCUGCUAGGGAAACUCCGCAAGGAUAUCACGCAGGACUGCCGCGAGGACUUCGUGCUGAGCAUCACGGGGAAGAGGCCAGCUGUCUGCGUGCUCUCCAACCCUGACCAGAAGGGGAAGAUGAGAAGGAUAGAUUGCUUGCGGCAGGCUGAUAAAGUAUGGCGCUUAGACCUAGUAAUGGUGAUACUAUUCAAAGCUAUUCCUCUGGAGAGCACGGAUGGCGAGCGCCUGGAAAAGCACCCAGAAUGCACGCAGCCAGGCCUCUGCGUGAAUCCAUACCACAUCAACGUAUCUGUCAGAGAAUUGGACCUGUAUCUGGCGAACUUUAUAAACAGCUAUGGUAAUGGGAGCGACGGUCUACCAGAUAUUCUUAGCGGGUCGCUCUCCCCUCAGACUCCUAGGGACAAAGAGAACGAACACGAGGCUAAGAGCAAAGGCUAUAGUCACAAUCCAUACAACGGUGUAAUAUGCAACGAUAUUAUUUUAGCGACUGGUGUCUUCUCGUCCAAGGAGUUGUGGAAGCUGUCUAAAGCAUCAAUUCUUCAAGAGACGGGGUCAGAGUCUCCGAGUGGCUCCGGAGGCGGCAUUAAGCUGGAGUCAGGGUAUUACUGUGGGUACAACAGCCCAGCGCCGCCCGCCUUCGAGCCCCCUGCUGAGAGAGCCACCCCGUCCGCCAUGCUUGUUGGACAGUGCUAUAGUAUCCCCCACAGCUCAGCAGGCCUGUCUGCUCAAUCACCAUUGGUACCUUCGAACACAAUCUUCUACCAGCAUGCAGCACCACCCACCGACACACAUCCCACAACAUCUGAAGCGCUGUCCAGCCAGCAUGCGAGCGGCAAGUAUGACGGCGCGCCACAAGACUCGCUCGGAGACUUCGUUACUUUCGUCUGCCCUGAUGCGACUGUCACAGAUGUGCAGCAGUUGCAGGUGCACAGUCUUUCGAGAAGUCCAAAGCCACCAUACUUCAGCAGCUCGAUGCUUCCUCCACCGCCACUUCCUCCGAUGGCCAGACCUGUUGCCAUUAUCAGAUCCACAGCUAGUGAGAUGGUAGGCGGUAGUGUGGUGGGUGGCGGGGGCACGUCGCCGUCGUCCCCCGAGGUGCGGUCGCCGCCCGCGUCCCCGCGCCGCCGCUCGCCGCACCCCUACCGCACUGACUGCCAUCCACCUAUCUCACACUUCAACCAUUUCCACUCGCAACCACAACAGGUCUUCAGCUAUGCAAGUUCGCUGGGUGGCGUCGGCUUAGGAGGCGGGGUAUCAGGAGUGGGGGCUGGUGGGGGAGCGGUGAUGGCAGGAGCUGGUGGGGUCUCACCCCCAGGUGGACUAGGUCUCUACGCACCACGGGCCUCUGCGAGAGCUGCGCCUAGGUGGGUUUUAGAGGACUUGGGACCGAUUAACAGAUGGAACGCACCAUUCCCAACGUUGGAAGAAGAGUUCAACAUAAUGACGGCGCCACCAGGACCUGAUCAUGUAGUCCUGCUGGAUGAUGAACGCUUCUUCCAAUCAAGUGUGAUUACAUCGGAAGCGACUGCGAUGGACACGACUGGCUCAACCGUCGGAUCGGUCGUCGACACAUCGGACGACAUCGCGCCCGAUAAGCCGGCGCCCGACUUGCGUUCACCGUGA